UCUGGGUAUAAAUAUAAGUUGAUGUCGUGCUGCUUUGAUGUGUCCUCGUGCUCUCAGAUAGUCAGUCUUCCUCAAAACAAGGUCUGUCUGUCAUACAUCUUGAAGUCGUAGUUGCUGAAAACCAUAUUUCCUGUGGAAUUACUCCCCCCUUGAAUCAUUUCUCCCUCGAAGUACCUGAGAAAAGGAAGACUGUGGCAAGGAGGAGGUUCUGCAUACGCUUCUCCGAAAUGCCAGAGACUUCUGAUGAGUACAUGAAAUUUGGACAACAAAAAGUCGAACGCCAACUUGACAGCAUCAAACAGAUGGAAGAGCCACCCAUGUCUGUGUCAGGAAGUCAGACAAGUCCAGACUGCCAGCUAAAAUUUGGAUCUAAAACUUGCUGGAGCAGUAUGGAAGGCAUUAGACAGAAGCAGCAGAGACCAUCAGUUCUGCGUCACAUUUCCCCAGUCGCUUACAGGCAACGACGUGAAAGCAGUGCAGCAGUCUCCAUUUGCAAGGAAGAGGUGGAUGCAUGCCAUAUUCUUCAGGAACCUUCGCCUCACAUGGGCUCUUCUCCCACAUCGAGCCAUCAUUUCCUCUCCUUGAGGAGGGGAGACAUUCAAAAGCAGACCUCUCUUGAGGCCCGGCUUCAUGACGGCAUCCCACAGGGGACCAGUGUUCUGCUCAUGAGUGGGCUCUGCCGAUGGCCUGGCUGUGAAGCAGUAUUUGAAGACUUCUCUAGUUUCUUGAAGCAUCUUCAUUCUGAACACGGACAUGGUGACAGAAGUAUUGCUCAAUGGAGGGUCCAGCAGGAUAUUGUUCAGUACAUGGAAAGUCAGCUCAUUCUGGAAAAACAGAAACUCAUUGCAAUGCAACUUCAUCUCUCAGAGGACAAAUACUCUGAUUCGAAGGCAGCUUCUGAGUGGCAAUACAGCCUUCCUCUGUUCCUGCCGCAGCCUCAGGUUACCACUGGAGACAGAGUGCAACAGUGGGCCACCAAACAUCUGGAAGAGCUGGUUCAGCAUGGCAACAGACCUACUGCUUCUGAUCAUCUCCUCCCAGAUUUGGUUCCCAGUAUUGAGUGUUACAAAUACAACAACAUCAGGCCUCCUUACACCUAUGCGUACUUGAUAAGAUGGUCUAUCCUGGAGUCUCCAGACAAACAGCGUACUCUGAAUGAGAUUUACAACUGGUUCACUACCAUGUUCUUCUACUUCAGACAUAACACUGCCACCUGGAAGAAUGCAGUGCGUCACAACCUCAGCCUUCACAAAUGUUUUGUGCGAGUGGAGGGAGGAAAGGGAGCUGUGUGGACAGUAGAUGAAAUGGAGUACCAAAGGAGGAAGGGUCAGAAGUAUCAGCGGUACAAACAUCUUCGACACGAACACACAGUACAGCAGAAGUGUACAAUAGGAAGCAAAUUAACAAACUCUUGAUAACUUUCUGUUAUCUUGUUUCAUUUACCCCAACAUCAGCAAUCAGGCUAUGUGGUCAGCUUUGUAACUCAACCAGGGUUUCACAGUGUACAGUCACUGUAAAGAGAAAGGACAGCCUGAACAUAUCAGGAUAUAAUAACAAUCAGGGGGUCAUUAGCAGUUCUUCAAAUGAUAAUUACAACUGCAGAUGAACAACACAUGACAUGUUACACCAUGUAAUUAUAUAUUAAAAAAAAAAAAACUAAGCCAAAAUCCAGAAGCAGUGUCAAAUCCAUUUCAUUAAUGAAUCAUCUGUAAGCGUGAACACAUAUAUAAAAGAAGAGGAUAGGAAGGUUUGCAGGUCUGGAGAUUUCAUCUGUGUACUAGAAUAUUACGAGUGAUCCUAAAAAAACAAUUCUUGUUGCCCUUUAAUCUGGCAAGGGUUAAAAGGCCAAUUUCAAAUAUUUUGCACUGAGAAAGAUUAUUCACAAGUAGAAAACAUUCAGUACUGCUGUAAACUUUCCCUAGGAGUGAAUAUCCCAUCACGCAAGUUUGGUCUACUACACAAGUUACCGUACCGAUGUGUGGAUAUAAGAAGUGAAACCACCUUGGAUUUACUGAAUAAUCCCAAAUCUUGCUUUAUACUACAGACCUCUGUUCUCUGCUCUGCUGAGGAAUUAAAAAAAUAUGAGGUAUUCUUUAGAAAACGUCCUAACUGUUGAGAUCUGUGAAGAUAAGACCAAGACUCCAGCAGACAUGAUCAAAAUCAAGCAUUUCAUGGAGUUAAAAGCAAAGACCAAUAAAAAAAAUCCCAAAAGUGAGAAAUUCAAAAUAAUCACACAGACCCAAGACAGGCCUGCCUGCACAAAGUCAGGAUUUAUAGAUAAGUGCAGACAGGUGGGGAAAACGACGCAGCUAAACAUAACGAACACAAGUGCGAACAAUCAGGAAAUUAAGGUCAAACAUGAAAGUAAAACACACUGACACGGAGCCAAGAACAUUCACAUCGGACAUGAAGACAGAGAAAAGGGGACACCAGAUGAUAAACACAGAAAGACCACUUUGACUUUGAAAGUGGUCUUUCUGGACAAUUUCCUAGACUUUGAAACAAAAUGUGGAAUUGUCCAGGAAACUUGAGAGUUAUUCCUGGGCUUUCAAUAUUACAGAACUAAUAUUGAUACUGGCAGCUUUUGCUGCAGAUCUAACCUGUUCAACAGGAGCUGAUGUUUGAGAUUAAAGAUCAUCAUGUACUACACCACUUCCAACUUAAUGAUAGAGCUGUGAUGUUGAAAAGUCUGUUAACUUGCAUGGUUGCAAUUUCUACAGCUUUCUUUCCUAGUAACUUGCUUCACAGUACAGAGCACAAGCAGAGAAAGCUGAGAAAACUAAUUACUAUGAAGUACCUAGAGCUAGACACUAGACGGUAAACCAUCUUGAAAGGCUUAAACAAUUCCAAAUCCUACAGAUAGAGCAGGUAUUAAGGGAAAGACAUGUAAAAAUAUAUUUAAGUCAAAAGAAAGAAAAAGAAAGUGGGACGAUAGAAAACAAAAGGGAGUUGGAGAAAUCCCUACUGGCAAACAUAAAGUGAGUGGCUGGUGUUAGUGUUACUCCACUGUGCUUGUGAAUCACACUAACUGUGUUUGAUUUUAGGGAUUGCCCCGUGAAGUGGCUCACAGCCUACUCCCAUUACUCUCCUGGAAACCCCUGAGCACCAGCGCUGAGCUGCUCACAUCCAGAUAUCAUCAGAUAACGAGCAGCAGGAAGAACAUCUGCUGGAUGAAGAAUCUUUGAAGUUUAUCUAGUUUGUGCUCAGAUUGAAGACUUGAUUAUGAUUUGUAGGUUAUUACAUUAUGAUAUUUGUGCCCAUGUCUGACAAAUGUUUUUGUGCUCACUCAUUCUAAAAAUAAAUGAAUCUGACCUUUG